UUGCUUCCUUGUCGCUCUCGUGUUAAUAAAAAGAAAGAGACAAUUUGUUUUGCUGUGUUGCAAACGGUUAAAUUACGAAGUAACGUUUCGCGCUUUUAUUUAUUUAUUUCGUUAUUGCAAAUGUACAAACAAUUAAAAUGCAAGGAAAUGUUGUUAAUUCGUUCUACAGACAGCAGGGUGGAUUUCGGGCAUUGAACAACUAUGAGGUUAUAUUGGGGAGGUUUUUGUGUACAGAAAAGAAUUCCUAUGAUAAAAUAUACGAGGUGAACACGGAACAACAGGAUUUAAACCGUGAUACGCCGAUUUUUGCGUGUAAAUUCGCCCAAAAGCAAGGUUAUGAACACUUGUCUGCCUUGGCUAACGAAGAUGGUAAAUUGGCUAUUUUAAACUGCAAAACAAACACCAGAGUAGGUGGACAACCCCAUCACAACGCCAUAUUUGAUUUGGCUUGGAUGACAAAUGAAGUGCAACUUGUUACAGCCUCUGGGGAUCACACAAUAAAACUCCUCGACUUUGGACAAGGCGACAUUGUUGAGAGUCUGACAUUCUUCGGACACACUCGUUCCAUCAAAACCGUGGCUUUUAAGGAUAACUGUAAAAGCAACUUUGCUACAGGAGGCAGGGAUGGGGAUAUUAUUCUGUGGGAUGUUCGCACUUCUACGGAGGUAAUGGGGCAUCCAGAUAAAGUAAUACACAGUGCUCAUGUAGCCAAAACGCAUCAUCACACACCCAGCAGACGCAAAAAAUGCAUGACUUCAACCAGAUCGGGGGUCAAGUCGGUUACAGGUCUGGUGUUUCAGAAUGAAAACACUUUGAUAUCCUGCGGGGCUGGGGAUGGCUUUAUUAAAGUGUGGGAUUUGCGGAGGACUUAUACUCACAGUAAAAAUAGCCCUGUUCCUUUGUACAUGUUGCCUUAUGCUGGCAGUACGCUAAAGAAUGGUUUUAGUAGUUUGAUGAUUGAUAGGCAGGGGUUGAAAUUGUACGCCAAUUGCUUGGAUAAUAGUAUUUAUUGCUAUAAUAUUGGUUCUUAUAGUAAGAAGCCGGUAAUGACGUAUACAGGGCAUCAGAAUAGUAGUUUUUACAUAAAAUCUUCUUUGACGGAGGAUGGCAAGUAUUUGAUUUCCGGUAGCAGUGAUGAAUUUGCUUAUAUUUGGAAUACCAAGUAUGGCAAGCCCAUAGUUAAACUUGUGGGGCAUAAUGCCGAGGUCACCAGUGUGGCUUGGUGUAAAAAUCGUAAUUAUUUAAUGACCUGUUCGGAUGAUAUGACGCAUAAACUCUGGACAGUUGGUUUGGAGGAGAAACCCGAGGAUUGGAACAUAAACGGUAAAGGUCACGCAGAAUUAUUGCCGAUCGAAAAGAAAAGUCACCAAAAACGAUUCCUUAAAACCAUAAAGGAAUAUGACAGCCCCAAAAAGUUCAUAACCGAAUGCACCACCUGUAAAAACCCCGUGAACGGCUUGACGCGCUGCGAAACGUGCCGUAACAAAAAGAGAAAGUUACCCCCGGGAAGCGAAAACCCCCCGGCCAAAAAAAUAAGCGGCGAGUUCGGCCCUAAACGUCUGUUCGUCGCCCCCUUGUCCCCAAACAACCAAACGUCGCCUAAAAUGGGGAGAACCUUUAUCCCCGCCUCUCCAACGGUAAACCUGCCGAACUACGUCAUAGAUGGCGUGGCGCCGCACUUGAACCUCUCUCCCGCCAAAAAGCGCGACUGCGAUUGGCUGACCAGGCUGCGUCAAGAGAGACGCAAGAGGCGCGACCUUGACGUCGACCAAUCGGAGGGCGUAGAUAAGAUGCCCCGCCUCGAUGCAACGCCUACUAGACGGCUGAGGGGUGCUUCCCCGAAAAGUCCCCUCCUCAGGUAUUUUAAGGUUAAGAAUCACACUAUAACCAAGGCCAAGGAUUGAUUUUACGUGUUUUAACAAUUUAAAAUUUUUUUACUUCGUUAAAUUUUAGAACAAACUUUGUGAUAAUUUUGUAUGUUAUUUUAAGUUAAAUUAAGAUUUAAAAUAUUAUUAAUGUAAAUACUGUAAAAGUUAUUUAUUAUAAUUUGACUGAAUAAAUUUAGGUACCAUAAAUAAAACAAACAAAAACUAAAUAAAAUUUAUACAGCUUCUUUUGUACAAAACAUGUUGAUAACUUUCGGUAACAGCGUAAUUUUAAUAGGCUUAACCUCGUAAUUCUCGUUAUCAAUUGAAAACCAAUAUUCCUUCUCCUCCUUGGACACAACCUCCGGGUUAAUUUGGAUUGUUUUAGCCUCUAUAACCUCCUUGACCUCUUUUGUUUCCCCCUUUUCGUACAGCCAACCCUGCCGCACAAAGUCUAUGUACUCGGGAUUUUCGGGCCCGAUUUUAAUUUCCAACUUUGGUAUGCCCGGUUUUUGGGAUAUCGAGGAGGGAAUCGAAUUUGAGGUUAGGAGCGAGAAAUCGGAGGUUGCUAUUUGCUUUUCGUGAACCUCUUGGCAAGCCGGGUUAUUUAUCGAGAGGUAUUUCGCUUUUGGAUGUACUUCUUUUUUGAGCUUUUGAUACCACUUUUUGCUAUUUUUAUCUUCAUGAAUUUGUACGCAAUUCGAACAACCCUCGCAAGGGAUACUGUAGUUAACCUGAGCUGCACAGUUCCAUGAUAAACUGUUUUUAUAACUAAAAAAAAAAAUUUGGAAAACAUUUUUUAAAAUGUAUAAAGCAUUUACCCAUUAAACAAAUAUGUAGUAUAUUUCUGCAAUUUCCCAAAAUACCAGUAAUUCUCCUUUUUAACUUCCGCAUCUCUAAAAGCACCCCAUUUGAUGCUAUUCAAAGCAUACACAGGUUUCCCAACAAUAUUUCCCGUUUCCUUCUCAAAAACCUCUAUUUUCAUUACAUCCACAGGUUUCACAACUUCCUCUAUAACCGCUAUUGUUGCGUCCACUAUACACCUAAUAUUUUCUGCCUUUGCCCCAACAGGAAAUAAACUUUUUGCCACCGAAUUUGUUUUACCCAAUGGCAACACUCCUAAGACAUUCCCAUUGGAGAAAAACGACUUAAACCCCUAAAAUACUCACCAAUAGGCACCAACUCAUUAGUAUUCUCCUGAGUCCUUCUUAAUAACCCCGUUACAACCUCAGAUAAUGUACCAUCACCACCCGCCACUACUAUAGCGUCUGUGUUAAUUAUACCAUCCAUUAACUCCCUCGCAUGACCUUCAGACUCGGUUUUAACAACCUCAACUAAAAUUCCUGCUAAAUGCAGCAAAGGUGCGCAAUAUUUGUUGAAAUCGUCGCUAGCACCCCUCUUAUUGGCAUUUGGAUUUAAAACCACCGUUAUACUCCUGGGAUUCACAUUUAUAGGUAUCGGUUCUCUUCCGUAUCGCGCAGCCUUCUCACAGUACACUCUCAUCAAAUUUUGAGUCCUGGAAUGUAAAAAGUUCGGACGGGAUGUUUUUGAGAGGUUAUGUUCUUACUCGAUGUAAUUUUUCGUGUAGCAAGCGCCGUAAUAAAAGCAUACAGCCCCGAACGUGGACUUUUUCCAGUGCGUUCUCACCGUUUUCGCGGUCUUCACCACAAAUGCCAUUCUGGAUUCGGGCAGUAUACGUAAUUUACAUUGUUAAAUGCCUUUCAAAUGGGCAUAUUUUCGAAAUAUGUCAAGA